AUGCAGGCGCGCUACUCCGUGUCCGACCCCAACGCCCUGGGAGUGGUGCCUUACUUGAGCGAGCAGAACUACUACCGGGCGGCGGGCAGCUACGGCGGCAUGGCCAGCCCCAUGGGCGUCUACUCGGGCCACCCGGAGCAGUACGGCGCGGGCAUGGGCCGCUCCUACGCGCCCUACCACCACCACCAGCCCGCGGCGCCCAAGGACCUGGUGAAGCCGCCCUACAGCUACAUCGCGCUCAUCACCAUGGCCAUCCAGAACGCGCCCGAGAAGAAGAUCACCCUGAACGGCAUCUACCAGUUCAUCAUGGACCGCUUCCCCUUCUACCGGGAGAACAAGCAGGGCUGGCAGAACAGCAUCCGCCACAACCUCUCGCUCAACGAGUGCUUCGUCAAGGUGCCCCGCGACGACAAGAAGCCCGGCAAGGGCAGCUACUGGACCCUGGACCCGGACUCCUACAACAUGUUCGAGAACGGCAGCUUCCUGCGGCGCCGGCGGCGCUUCAAGAAGAAGGACGUGCCCAAGGAGAAGGAGGAGCGGGCCCACCUCAAGGAGCCGCCCCCCGCGGCGUCCAAGGGCCCCCCGGCCGCCGGGCCCCCCCUAGCGGACGCCCCCAAGGAGGCCGAGAAGAAGGUGGUGAUCAAAAGCGAGGCGGCGUCGCCGGCGCUGCCGGUCAUCACCAAGGUGGAGACGCUGAGCCCCGAGAGCGCGCUGCAGGCCAGCCCGCGCAGCGCGGCCUCCACGCCCGCCGGCUCCCCCGACGGCUCGCUGCCGGAGCACCACGCCGCGGCGCCCAACGGGCUGCCCGGCUUCAGCGUGGAGAAUAUCAUGACGCUGCGAACGUCGCCGCCGGGCGGCGAGCUGAGCCCGGCGGCCGGGCGCGCGGGCCUGGUGGUGCCGCCGCUGGCGUUGCCCUACGCCGCCGCGCCGCCCGCCGCCUACGGCCAGCCGUGCGCGCAGGGCCUGGAGGCCGGGGCCGCCGGGGGCUACCAGUGCAGCAUGCGCGCCAUGAGCCUGUACACCGGGGCCGAGCGGCCGGCGCACAUGUGCGUCCCGCCCGCCCUGGACGAGGCCCUCUCGGACCAUCCGAGCGGCCCCACGUCGCCUCUGAGCGCUCUCAACCUCGCCGCCGGCCAGGAGGGCGCGCUCGCCGCCGCGGGCCACCACCACCAGCAUCACGGCCACCAUCAUCCGCAGGCGCCGCCGCCCCCGCCGGCUCCCCAGCCCCAGCCGGCGCCUCAGCCCGGGGCCGCCGCGGCCCAGGCCGCCUCCUGGUAUCUCAACCACAGCGGGGACCUGAACCACCUCCCCGGUCACACGUUCGCGGCCCAGCAGCAAACUUUCCCCAACGUGCGGGAGAUGUUCAACUCCCACCGGCUGGGAAUUGAGAACUCGACCCUCGGGGAGCCCCAGGUGAGCGGUAACGCGAGCUGUCAGCUGCCCUACAGAUCCACGCCGUCUCUCUACCGCCACGCCGCCCCCUACUCCUACGACUGCACGAAAUACUGA